AAUACAGGUGAACAUCAAGCAAAAUGGCCAACCUCGAAAUGGAAGCUGCAAUUGAAAUGAACGCCGACGCCUGUGUUGUUGUGAGCGGGCUUUCGGAUCGUGUGAACUGCAAGAAGAUGAGGGUCAGUCUCCAAUCUGGGAACCGUUACUCCAGGAUAAAACAACUGGUCACGUUUUCAGCAACGGGAACUGCACUGGUAGAGUUCCCUUCGCCAAAAGGUACUGCCGACAUGCUGGCAAACGAGACACUGCUGCAAGUGAGAGGGCUGCGGUCCGUGAUUCCCCAAGAUGGGAACGUGACAACCUUGGAGCCAUGGGAGGUGUCGCGUCGCCUUCGAACAUUCCUCCAGUCACUGAAUUUCCCGCUUGAUCACUCUCAACAGGGACUUGAAUCAGGUAAGUGGAUGCUUGGUAGGUUUUCUGGUAUAAUAGAAGUCGCUACAUUGUCCAUAUACGAACAUACCUGUAUGCGCCUCAGAGAGGAAGGCAGUGAGUACAGAGAUUCUAGAAAUAUAUGCAGGAGGGUGGGAAGAAAUAAGCCACUAGGAACAUGAAAAACGACAAAAAGUCUAAAAUAUUGACGUCAUGUGCAGAACAAGACGAUUUGGAAAAUAAGAGAAGAGGGUGAUGAUGUAACAACAACAAUCCAAAUCUCAGAACCUCCAUAUUGACUAUGUGACAAAGGUCACCUUGAUGUUGAGUGCGA